ACUCGUUCGGAAUCGUGAGUGGGGGCUUAUACUGGCAUUGUCCAGUUCUAGGUUAGUGUUGACUUAGUGGCAUCAUUCGUUCACACUCCAACGCGAGUUGCAGCGACGAAGUAUUCUGCUUCUGGAAUACCUCUUUCCAAGGACCACACGCGUAAAUAGUCUGCUGUGAAAACAGAUUACUGGGGUGACUGCGUCCGUUUGUUCGUAAUUAUACUGAAUUGCAACAUGAAGCGAUCCCGUCAAAUUGGCCUUUUAACACGGGUGGCCGUGGUGGUGCUCCUGGCCACUUCAGCAGAUACCAUGCGACGCAAGUAUGAAGCUCGCAAGCACUGGUGGGACCUCGCGCAGAACGAGCUGGCGGCCGCCCUCAAUGUUCGAGACAACUGGAACGUGGCGAAGAACGUGAUCAUUUUCCUGGGCGACGGCAUGGGCAUCACCGCCAACACCGCCGCCAGGAUCUUCAAGGGCCAGAAAAAGGGCAUGAACGGCGAGGAGGGCUAUCUCACUUGGGAGAGAUUCCCUAACGCGGCGCUGCUCAAGACCUACAACGUGGACAAACAGGUUCCGGACAGUGCAGGCACGGCCACGGCCUACCUGUGUGGAGUCAAGGCCAAUUAUUACACACUCGGUGUCGACCCGGAGGUGACCCUCGGAGACUGUGCGGCGGCGAGGAACCCUAUCUAUCACACACCGUCCAUCCUGCAGUGGGCGCAGGAAGCCGGCAAGGACACAGGUUUUGUGACCACGACCCGCGUCACGCACGCCACGCCCGCGGCCCUGUACGCCCACUCCGCCCACCGAAACUGGGAGUGCGACGGCAAUCUAGGUCAGAUGGGCAUCGGCUGCAAGGACAUCGCGGAUCAGCUGGUGUCAGAAAACCCUGGCAGGAAUAUCAAGGUGAUCCUAGGAGGCGGCCGCCAGUCCUUCGGUGCGAGCACGGGGCCCGUGAAUAAGGACACAUGCACUCGCCGUGACGGCCGUGACCUUACCCGGGAGUGGCUCAGUGACAAAGUGCAACGAGGCCAUAGCGCUGCUUAUGUCACCAGUGCCGGGGAACUGGCCAACGUCGACGUGGACGAUACUGACUUCCUCCUGGGUCUGUUUUCCGACACUCACGUCCCGUUCGAGGUUGACCGCGUGAACGGCCCCACAGGCUCCCCCUCGCUCGCCCAGAUGGCUACCAAGGCCAUCAAGUUCCUCCAGAAGAGCGACAACGGAUUCUUCCUCCUGGUUGAGGGCGGCCGCAUCGACCACGCCCUGCACGACAACCUGCCCCACCGCGCCCUCGAGGAAGCAGUCGCCCUUGAUAGUGCAGUCGCUGCCGCUCUCGAGGAAGUGGAUCUGGAGGACACGUUGGUGGUGGUGACGGCCGACCACUCUCACGUCAUGACGAUUAACGGGUACCCCGAGCGUGGAAAUGAUAUUCUUGGUCUAACCGGUGACAUCUCCAAGAUUGAUAAUAUGCCCUACACGACGCUCAUGUUCACCAAUGGACCCGGUUUCAACUACACCACAGACGGGAGCAGGGUAAUCCGUCAUGAUCCCCGCACUGUGGACACGCGACAUGUAAACUACCGCAGUCAGGCCGCCGUGCCACUCCCGCCCAUUUCCGAGACGCACGGAGGAGAGGACGUCGGAGUCUGGGCCGCAGGACCUAUGGCUCACCUCUUCCACCGCACUCACGAGCAACACUACGUUGCCCACGUCAUGGCCUACGCCGCCUGCGUCGGCCCCAGCGCCGGCAAAAGGUGCGAGAGGCCAUCCCACGCCUCCUUCACUAGACCGCCGGUGCCUCAGGCCGUCGCCACCGCUACUGCAACAGCCACGUCGUCUAUAGGUGUCGCGGUUGCUUCGGCGGUGGCUUCCGGACAAGCGCCGUCCGUGCCCUUCGUAGGACCGAAAUUCCCCACGUUAUCGCCGGUUCUACAACAGCUCAUUGAUGAUAACGAGCGCAAGAUCGUGACGACCUUAGGCUCAGAGUCUGUGUCCAGCUUCACCUCAGCCGAAGACGUCCGGAGGCUCCUGGGGCAGAGUGUGCUUCAGCCCCACAGCAUGUAGUCAGGCAGCUCAGGGGCGCCGCCGCCACACCAUUACCUGUAUUAUCGGUUUAUUAGGGCGAGACGUGCAGGGACGAACGCACAAGCCCGGAGUCAGUACGAAGGCAGGAUUCCGGCCCCAAGAUAUCAUCGGCCUCGACGCCCUCACCAGCAUCCCGCACAGUCUGUAGACAUCGCCUCCGAAGAAAGUCCGAAGUCCUUUUUGUGUCCGAUUACCUCCGAUUCGACCCGCGUGGUUGUCUCUUCCCAGUGAUUUUGUUAACACGACUCUUGCAGGGUUUUGUUUGUUGUUAGGAAAUAUACUUUUUUUUUGUAUUUUUCUUUUCGUGUUUCGUCGAUUUCAUAUUUGAAUCCUGGAUAAUAGGGGAUGAAAAGUUCCAUUUGACAGGAGAGAAUAUGAGAUAGUGUUUUAUGAUAGAUUCAGAUCAUCAUUUUAGCAUAACUUCUUAAUCUAAAGGCUGCUACAUUUUGAGUGGCAGAAACUGUAAAUAAAGUCAACUCUUCAGUCACUCGAAACACAUAAUCAUUAGAGCAUCACUCUUUUUUACAUUCCUAAUAACAGCGAUUAUACAAAGGUGUGAUAAUGACUAUUUAUUCACAUUCACCGUUGAUCAUUCGUCCCUUGUAAAUGUGUAAAACCCCAGAGUAAAUGUUA